CGGGCUCCUCCCCCUCGGCGCUCCCGCCGUUCUCCCGGGACGCGGGCUGCUCGCCAUGGCUCCUCUCACGCCGCGCCUCCUGAUGCUGCGGUGCCGCCCCAAGUGCGACCGGCUGAGCAAGAUCCGCAUCCUGGACCUGUCGGGGCUGGAGCUGCUGUCCGAGCACCUGGAGCCCAAGCUGCUGAGCCGCCUGACGCAGCUGCGCGAGCUCGACCUGUCCAACAACCAGCUGGAGACGCUGCCCGCCGGCCUGGGCCUGGGCCACCUGCGCGUCCUGCGCUGCGCCAACAACCAGCUGGCCGACGUGGGCGGCCUGAGCCAGUUCCCGCAGCUGCAGGAGCUCAGCCUGGAGGGCAACCCCUUCCUCACGGUCAGUGACAACCUGAAAGUGUCCCUCCUCCUGCCCAACCUCCAGAAGAUCAACGGCAAGGACACGGCGGCCACCUACGCACAGGCACAGAGCCUGAGCCGCGAGCUGACCAGCAGGGUCACAGCCCACUGGGAGAAGUUUGUGGCUGAGCUGAGCCCCGAGGAGGCAUUGGAACAGGCCGGGGCCGACUUCGUGAGCUCCGCUGUCAGGGACGUCCAGUACGGGCCCGAGUCCCUCCGUGACUUCACCCAGUGGCGGGUGCGGAUGAUCGCCGAGGAGCUGGUGAUCUCCAGAGGUCCCCCCAAAGCCUCGGCGCCCCCGGAGCCCAGGGCCCACAUGACCCCCCAGAAACGACUGGAUGACGUCCUUCUCAACCUGUCCCCCAGCAAGCGUGCGUGCACCUCCCUGGUGCAGACAGAGGGGUACACCUUGGACACGGGCGGCGGCCAGGCGGGCCUGCGGCUGGAGCCCCUGCACUUCCUGCAGUGCCACAGCAAGAACAACAGCCCCGAGGACUUCAGCACCCAGCUGUGGGCCUGUGCAUUUGAGCCUUCGGAGGAUGAGGGGCAGGCGGGGGCCUCAUCCCAGACAGUGGCCACGUGCGGUGGGGAGGCUGUGUGUGUCAUCGACUGUCAGACGGGCAUGGUGCUGCACAAGUACAAGGCCCCGGGCGAGGAGUUCUUCUCGGUGGCCUGGACGACGCUGACAGUGCUCACACAGGCGGGCCACAAGCGGCGCUGGAACGUGCUGGCGGCAGCGGGGCUGCGGGGCCUGGUGCGGCUGCUGCACGUGCGGGCUGGCUUCUGCUGUGGCCUCAUCCGCGCCCACAAGAAGGCCGUGGCCACGCUGUGCUUCAGCCCCAGCCGUGAGACGCACCUCUUCACUGCCUCCUAUGACAAGCGGAUCAUCCUCUGGGACAUUGGGGCCCCCAACCAGGACUAUGAGUUCCAGGCCAGCCUGCUGCUGAUGCUCGACUCGGCGUCCAUCCCCCUGCGCCUCUGCCCCGUGGCCUCCUGCCCUGACAGCUACUUGUUGGCCGGCUGCGAGGGAGGCUGCUGCUGCUGGGACGUGCGUCUGGACCAGCCCCCCAAGAGGAGGGCGUGUGAAGUGGAGUUUGUCUUCCCCGAGGGCACGGACUCAGCCCCUCGGAGAGUGGAUGGGCUGGCCUUUGUGAACGAGGACGUGGUGGCCUCCAAGGGCAGCAGCCUGGGCACCAUCUGUUUGUGGAGCUGGAGCCAGACCUGGGUGGCACGGGGCAGCCGGGCGGCCGUGCCUGUGGUGAUCCUGGCUAGGCUGCAGUGGUCGCCCACCCCGCUGGCCUACUUCUCCCUCAGCGCCUGUCCUGGCGAGGGGGUCGUGCUGUGCGGGGACGAGGAGGGCAGAGUGUGGGUCUAUGACGUCGGGCACCUCCUGGCUCAGCCGCAGCCUCUGCCCGCUGCCCCGCAGGCCCCCACGCAGGUGCUCGAGUGGCCCCAGCCGCGUUCCCAGGGCCAGCCGGUGACCAAGACCAUGGUGAACACGGCAGUGGCCAACCCCUCGCUGAGCUACCUCACAGCCCUGACGGACUCGAACAUCGUGGUCAUUUGGAAGAGGCACUAGCAGCGCUUGGCUGCAGACAAUGACGGGUUUUAUUAAACGUUAAAACUUCUCA